AGGCGGUCCUGCUCAUGUCAGUGUGACUUUAAGUGAAACUAUCUUCUGCAUUGGGCACAGUUUGGUUUCAACUGACAAGUUGUUUCUGUGUCGUGCUUUUUGUUACCUACAAAUAAUGUCGGACUCCAUAAAAAACGUGGCGGUAUUUGGAGCCACGGGAAUGACGGGGCUCGCGACCCUGCCGCAAGCCGUCUCUGCAGGAUACAAUGUGACUGUGCUGACGCGAGACCCUUCCAGGCUGCCUGCCGACCACAAUGCGUUCCGGGUGGUGGUGGGAGAUGUGCUCAAUAAAGACGAUGUGAUGAAGACCCUGGAAGGCCAGGACGCUGUCAUCAUCAUCCUGGGCACCAGGAACAGCCUGAGCCCGACCACCAUGAUGUCUGAAGGCACCAAGAACAUAGUUGAAGCCAUGAAGUCCUGUGGGAUCUGCAAAGUGGUGGCCUGCAUGUCAGCCUUCCUGCUGUGGGAUCGCUCUAAAGUCCCGCCCCGCAUGCUUCCUGUGACAGAGGACCAUGACAGGAUGCACACAGUGCUGAAGUCCUCAGGGCUGGACUACGUGGCCGUCAUGCCUCCUCACAUUGCAGACGACCUUCCUCUGACGGAGAGUUACCUGACGCAGGAGAACAUGCUGAAGGGGAGAGCCAUCUCUAAACACGACCUGGGACACUUCUUUGUCAAGUGUCUGUCCACCUCAGAGUGGGACGGGAAGGCUGUGGGAUUGUGGGGAGAGUAUAAAUAAUCCUAGACAGACAGACAGGCAGGCAGACAGACAGACAGACAGACAGACAGACAAGACAGACAGACAAGACAGACAGACAGACAGACAGACAGACCAAAACACACUGAAAUUACUUUCUUUUUAGUUUUAGACUUGGAGAUAAAUGAAGAACUACAAUAUACAUGUUUUGUGUUGUGAUGAACCACUAAUGCUUCUCUGUGAUCACUUUAAUAAUAAUAAUAAUUGAGCAGCUUUUUAUUGCCGUAGUUAUAUUUUUAUACCAAUUUAGAUAUUAAAGGGCCCAUGUCAGCCCGAUUUUGGGAGUCAGAGGCCGUCAGAGGCCGUCAGAGGCCGUCAGAGGCAGUCGGGCAUUCGCGGCGCCCUACUCAGGUUUGUGUGUCCUGCACCGUCGUCUCUUUACGGCACCUUUUCACACCGCCCGACGCCAGUCAGAGAAAGUCAGCCCAAGCAAUCACUCUGAUUGACUGUUCACACUACCGCUGCCUGCUGGUAAGGACAGUUAUUGCCACUCGUCGACUGAAGUAUUUGUGGUGUGUUC